AUGCCUCAUCAGAAGCUUUCAGCACUUAUUGAUGCCAUCUGUAAUUUUGUUAUCUGCAAUGACUCUUCCCUUCGAGGGCAGCCCAUUAUCUUCAAUCCUGACUUUUUUGUGGAAAAACUCCGACAUGAGAAACCUGAGGUGUUCACCGAGUUGGUGGUCAGCAAUAUCACAAGGCUCAUUGACUUACCUGGAACUGAGUUGGCUCAGCUGAUGGGGGAAGUGGACCUUAAAUUGCCUGGUGGGGCUGGCCCGGCGUCGGGAUUCUUCCGGUCUCUAAUGUCACUCAAGCGAAAGGAAAAAGGAGUGGUAUUUGGAUCCCCAUUGACGGAGGAAGGCAUUGCCCAGAUAUACCAACUGAUUGAGUAUCUACACAAAAACUUGAGAGUAGAGGGUUUGUUUAGAGUACCAGGGAAUAGUGUCCGGCAGCAGAUUUUAAGAGAUGCUCUCAAUAAUGGAACUGAUAUUGACUUGGAAUCGGGGGAGUUUCAUUCAAAUGACGUUGCUACCUUGCUGAAGAUGUUUCUGGGAGAGUUACCUGAGCCCCUGCUGACUCAUAAACAUUUCCAUGCACACCUCAAAAUUGCUGAUUUGAUGCAGUUUGAUGAUAAAGGAAACAAGACCAACGUUCCAGAUAAGGAGCGGCAGAUUGAGGCUCUCCAGUUGCUCUUCCUCAUUCUCCCUCCACCCAAUCGUAACUUGCUGAAGUUAUUGCUUGAUCUCCUGUACCAGACAGCAAAGAAACAAGACAAGAAUAAGAUGUCUGCCUAUAACCUUGCCCUUAUGUUUGCACCCCAUGUCCUGUGGCCGAAAAAUGUCACUGCAAAUGACCUUCAAGAGAAUAUCACAAAGUUAAACAAUGGGAUGGCUUUUAUGAUUAAACACUCCCAGAAACUUUUUAAGGCUCCUGUUUAUAUUCGGGAAUGUGCCAGAUUGCACUAUUUGGACUCCAGAACUCAAGCAUCAAAGGAUGACCUUGAUCUGAUAGCUUCAUGUCCUACUAAGUCCUUCCAACGGGCAAAAUCUCAGAAACGGCACUGGGUAGAUUCCUGCUCUCACCAGGAGGAGACCCAGCAGCGUACGGAAGAGGCACUGAGAGAGUUGUUCCAACAUGUUCACAAUAUGCCAGAGUCAGCGAAGAAGAAACAACUUAUUAGACAGUUUAAUAAGCAAUCUGUGACCCAAACGCCAGGGCGAGAAUCUUCUCCUCGGGUACAGAAAAGAGCCCGUUCACGUUCCUUCAGUGGCCUUAUUAAGCAGAAGGUCCUGGGAAAUCAGAUGAUGUCAGAAAAGAAAAACAAAUACCCUACUCCGGAAUCUGUAGCCAUUGGUGAAUUGAAGAGAGCCAGCAAAGAAAAUAUGAACUUAUUAUUUUCUGGCUCUCCAGCUGUCACGAUGACACCAACAAGAUUGAAAUGGUCUGAGGGGAAGAAAGAGGGGAAAAAAGGAUUCCUCUGAAGGAUCCAGAGUGCUCCUGUUGUCCACCUGGAACUUUCUCUUUAGU